CAACCAGCGUCGCCAACGUCAACGCUGGUGCCGUCCGUCCGUCCGUCCGCCCUUCAUUUCCCGCCUACCCAACGAAGCAAUUAGGCCUACAUAGUACAUCACAUCGCGAUAACCACAUCCGAAUCCGUAUCCUUAAUCGAAAUCACCACUUGCGACCGACCCGACACCCUGCCAUGGCCCCAGGCCCCAAUUCCGCACCCGAACCGUUCCUCCUGCAUUGAAGCUUGUCGGGCCCCAAUUUCCUCGUGUCGAGGGUUUCCCUGGCCCGUAACCGUCGUCGCGCCCCGUCACCGACACAUCUCCUGCCUCGCUGUCGCCGACGGCCGCGGAUCGCAUCGAUCGCCGCCUGUGACCUCGUUUUGCUCGAACCCCGUCAGAGGAACCGGCCUCCCCGCGUUACUCCCCUCGAGGCCCGUGACGGCCGCUAUCGUCGACCGCUUUUGUGCGGCUUUCGUCCGAUCCGCCCACGACAGCGAGCUUUCUCUACGUCGUCCGGCUCACCGACUGCCGCGAGAUUCUCACUCCCGCAGACUGAUUGCCUCAACCACCCGCCAGCAUGUCGAGCUCCUUUGAGAAAUCCGUGAAGGGGGCCACAAAGAUAAAGGCCGCGCCGCCCAAGACGAAAUACAUCGAACACAUCCUUGUUGCGACACACGCCGGCGAGGCUGGUGUGGCCGAGGUCUUCCGCGCCCUGCAGUUCCGCCUUCGAGACUCGACAUGGACCGUCGUCUUCAAGAGCUUGAUCACCGUCCACUUGAUGAUUCGUGAAGGCUCCCCCGACGUCACACUCUCCUUCCUGUCAAACCAUCCGAAUACGCUUGCUAUCAGCAGCUUUACCGAUGCCCAGACUCAAGGUCGGAAUAUCCGGCAUUAUGCCAACUAUCUCGCCGCGAGAUCCAAGGCCUACCGUGAAACAAAGUGCGAUUGGGUUCGGACCAAAGAAUCGAGGCUGGAGAAGCUCUCAGUGGACAAGGGCCUCCUCCGAGAGACAGAAAUCCUCCAGUCUCAGAUUUCGGCACUGUUGAAAUGCGAUGUGCUUGAGGGCGAAAUCGAAAAUGAAAUCACCGUUACUGUUUUCAGGCUGCUGGUGCUGGACCUCCUGGCUCUCUUCCAGGCUUUGAACCAGGGAAUGAUCAAUAUCCUCGGUACCUUCUUCGAAAUGUCCAAGGUCGACGCUGAGAGGGCUAUGGCAAUUUAUCGCACUUUCACGAAGCAUACAGACUUCGUCGUUCAAUAUCUCAGCGUUGCGCGGCAAUACGAGCAUCAAACGAGGGUCGAGGUCCCCAAGCUAAAGCACGCCCCGGUAAACUUGGGCCGACAAUUAGAGGAGUAUCUACGGGACCCGGACUUCGAAGUCAACCGGAGGCAGUACAUUGUCGAGCAACAAGCAAAGAAAAGCGGGAAGGGAGGGACUUCAAAAUCGUCGAGCAGCGCCUUCGACUCGAAGCCGGCACCGGCAGUGAACAACCAUUUCCCGAACACCAAUGGAGGCACCAAUGGGCUGUCGCAACCGAAGGCCGAGACCACCAAGGGGCCUGCGCCGGACUUGAUCGAUUUCUUCGAGUCGAUCGAGCAGAACCAAACACCGAUGGCUCCGAAUGCCCAGCAACAUCAGCAGCAGCAACAGGAGCAAAUGCCUAUGCAGACGGGUUUUGCAGCCAACAGUCCGUUCCAGCCGCAACCUACUGGUUUCCAGCAGAAUGGCUUCGCACCACAGCAAACUGGCUUCGCGCCGCAACAAACAGGCUUUGGGACGAACCCCUACCAACCGCAGAGCACAAAUCCGUUUGGCCAGCCGCAACAGCAGCCUCAGCAGCAGCAGCAAGCACCACAGCCGCUGCAACCCAGCUUUACCGGAGCUGGGUUUGGCGGCUUUACGCCCCAACCGAGCUUCCAGCCAGGCACACUCGGCUCAAUACCUCAAGAAUCAGUGGCGAGCUUCCCGACGGGUAACACGGGCAUGCUGAGUCCCCAGGCCGGACAGCAAAUCACCAACCCCUUCCGGGCAUCCAUGCUGAUGGCCCAGCAAACGGGCAUGUCUACCAAUACUGCCUUUUCCAACCCGACUGGUCCGAACCCGCAGAGGCAGUCCACCAACCCCUUCGCCAGGUCCUCGCCACAAGCGCAGCAACCGUUCUCACCCGCCCCUAGUAAUUCACCUUUCCAAUCGCAGACGCAUCAACAGCAGCAGCUCCCAACAAUUGCUCCACUACAACCUAUGAUGACGGGUACCAAUCCCUUUGCGAAGAACUUCACCGGCCAACAGCAACGGCCCGCCACUAGUUCUGGCGCCCUUGCUCCGCAACCCACAGGGACCACAAACCCCUUCCGUCAGGGCGCAUUUGUCAACCACCAGACCGGUAUGGGCUGGCAAAAUAAUCAACAGCCCAUUGGUGGCGGUUUGGACAAUGUCGAAACGGUGCCCGUCUUCCCUCGGCCCAUCCAGCAGAGCCCGUGGCAGACAUAAUAGUAGAGGCUCCCCACUAGGCGGCCGUCAUCCCGAAUACACUAUCACCUAUCCAUACCUAUCUCAACAAUUUCGAAUCAAAGCGCGGCGUUCAUCAGGGUUUUGCUUGUGCACUUGAACUAUGCGAAUAUGGCGAGGGGUUGUUACAAUCACCAAAAGAGAAGGCUCCACGACUUGAGGAUAGGACUGGUGAAGGCCGGUAAUCGUCAAAAAGAAAGUUCGCAAAACUGUAUUAUCUAGUGAGCAUACUUAAGACGUAAUAUUUUGCACAGUGGUUAUUCUCUCCCUUCCGGCACAAGUUGUUACUGGUCAUCGAUCUGCUUGAUGAAGAAGGGCGAGGCCUACCAAUCGUAGGUGCCAUCUAGAUGUUUCAUUCCCAACGCGGCCCAAGGCCAUUUAGUAAACCCCAACGCCUUCGCUAUGCAGCCCAUAUUAUCC